CGACACUCGAGACCUCGAUUUCAUAGUGCUUGAGGGUUUACCUGAAGCUAUAAAGGGCUGGGAUCGACUCCUCGUCUGGGGCAAAAACUGACUUCGAGACAUGCAAGCUUUCCAACUCGUUUUAUCAAUUCUGCAUCGCAAAUACAACCAUCGCUAAUCACCUUUAGCGGACCCUUAGCCAAAUCCCAUAGAUCAACGACAAGUCGGAAUUAACAACUAACUGUGUCUUUGGGAGCUAGCCCAAGCGCAAUCUUCGAACGAAUGGGCUUCCGCCAAAUUAUGGUCUCACUUAUGGAAUAAACACCUCUUCGCAGAGAAGGAAUGGGCUGUCUCCUUGGAAACUCCUCAGGAGGGACAUGGCCGUCGACGGGGUGGAUAUCACGAUAGAAUAUUUUGGUCGAGAUAGUAAAUUAGCCGUUCUUGCCUUCCAUGAGGCAAAGGCAUUGAACGGGCCUCAAGAUGUUCAGGAUGCCGAGAAACAAGCAUUCGAUACUUGUAUGAGAUAUCUCGGAGAACAUCCGGAGUUGGAAUUUGUGUAUGCUUUCACAUCAUUUGGCACAAAAGGCAGAGCUUGGCGGUGCGAUCGAGAGGAAACUUUUUUUACCCCCUUGUUUGGCUCACUCGACUUGGAUGUGCGUUCCCAGUAUGUUGAGCUUCAUUCCUCGGAAGCCCGACUGAUCAGACAAGCGGUCCAAACGAUGAAAGCUGUGCCGCCAUCUGAAUAGGGUUAUGGAAGGUUAUCGGCUGGCUUUCACAUUCUAACGUAUCUUUUCAUGUUGAUUCUCCGAGCGGAAAUAUAUUUUGCGUUUCUAUCUAGGUCUGCCAACGGGGUAGACGAGCUACACCCACGAAAAAAAAGUAGGACGCAGCAAGAAUAUGUUACCCAACAGUCGGAGCUUGCCUGCAUAGCACGCAUAGAGACUGCGC